AUGAAUAAAGAACUACUAAUUGAUCUCGGUUCGCAGUUGGCACGUAUACGUAUGUAUCCAGUGCUUGAUACAUGCCAUUAUUUGUUUACAGCAUUACAAGUUCGGGAUGACAUACAACAACAGCAAACAGCAACACAAAAUUUUACACGUCGUCAUCCUUUAUCAUGUUGGUUAUCAACAAUGUUCCUUUGUUUUUCUGGUUCACUUUUAUCAAAUUUUUUACUUGGUGAAAGUCCAAUAAAAGAUUUUGUUCAGCAUCAACAUCUUUUACUUGCAACAUUAUGUUGGUAUCUUGUAUUUUAUUCACCAUUUGAUGUAAUAACACGUUUAUUACGAUUUAUACCUAUUCGAAUAUGUAUGGGUGUUGGAAAAGAAAUUCAGCGAACAAAAAAAAUUUUUGAUGGAGUUCAUUCAACAUUAGCUAUUUAUCCUGAUGGUUAUAUUAUUGUUGUUAUUAUUGGAGCUAUAAAAGGUUGUGGCGGAUCAAUAAUGGCAACAAUUGAUCGUUUUAUUCGAGGUAUUUGGUUACCUUCACAACAUGAAUUUCUUUUCCCAACUUUUGCAACAAAAGCUUGUUUUAUUUCUGCAACAAUCUUUUUACUUGAACACAUACGUUUACUUAAAUUUGAACGUGAAUUAAUUUAUUUAUGUAUUGCUUCAAUGUUUAUAUAUGUACGCAUUAUUACAAUAUUUUUUAAACAAUAUGAUCCUUUAAUGCCAUUUGAAAAUCUUUCAUCUGGUUUAUUAUUUAAUAGUUGGGCAGAAACAAUUUCUGAUGCAUAUCGACGCGCAACUGCUGCUUCGUCAUCGACAACAAAUAUAUCAACACCACAACAACCAACAUUAAUGCCGGCUGCUCUUACGCCACUUACUGCAACGACAACAUUGAUGGGUUCGAAAAAAGAAACAAAUAAUAUUGAUGGACAAGUGAAGGGAGCUGAAGGAAAAAAACGAGAUUAA